GUGUGCAUUGUUGUUUAUUUUAAAUGAUUCGUAUUUCUGUGUUAUUUUUUUUCUCAUGUCCAUUAGCGUUACAAAUCACGUGAAUGAAAACGGACACUCCGGACUCAAAAAUUGUGUUUUACCGAAAACAUUUCUAUGAGGAAUCAUUCCUCUCCUGGUGGUUGAGGAGGCUUCAAUGAUAAGUGAAUUGUCGUGGGUUUACAGAAGAACUUGAUGUGGCCUAAAGCAAAUGGGGAGGAAAAAGGAAGUUGAUCGUGAUGCGAAAGAAAGGUUAUUGGGAGAUGAGACCCCAGAGUUUGAACCGGUAGACAGGUUCAAUGUGGUCUACUUUAUCAUGCUUAUUCAAGGAGUGGGCACCCUGUUGCCCUGGAACAUGUUCAUCACUGCACAUGCAUAUUUCCAAGAAAAAUUAAAGGCAGAUAAAGAUCUGAAGCAUAGCUUUGAGAAUUAUUUUUCAGUAGCAGCCAUGGUGCCCAAUGUUCUAAUGUUCUUACUCAACACCCUUUUUAAGCACAAGGUUCCACUGCAAGUCAGAAUGAUCACAUCAGUGUGUAUUAUGACAUUGUGUUUUGUUUUGACAACAGUCUUGGUAGUGAUUGACACCAAAAAAUGGACAACAGAUUUCUUUUACAUCACAAUUGGAACUAUCAUCCUUAUUAACAUGAGCAGUGCAAUUUAUCAAGGAGGACUCUUUGGUGUCUGUGGAAUGAUGCCUCCAAAAUACACUGGAGCUGUUAUGACUGGUCAGGGUGUUGGAGGCACAUUUGCUGCUUUAGCUAGUAUAUUCUCACUGCUAGGAGGAAAGGAUGCUGUAAGCAGUGGCUUCGGGUACUUCAUGUCAGCAGCAGUAGUGCUCACUCUAUGUCUUAUCACAUACAUGAUGUUAAAUAGACUGAAAUUUGCUAGACAUUAUAUAGCACCAAAUAGCAGAAGAACUGAAAUCAAGAGCCCAUAUAGUCAAAGUGAACAGAUUGAAAGACUGGCAAACUGGCAGAUACCAGCUGUAAAACGAUCAGGGAUCAUUCAAAACUCAAACUUAAGUUUGGAUAAUGAGGCACUUCUGUCAGUUAAGUUUCAUCCAAAAGAAGCAGAAGCUUUUGGGAAUGAAAGGCCACCAUUUUUUGUGAUUUUUAGACAGAUCUUCAAGUUAGGUUCAUCUGUUGCGUUUGUAUUCUUUGUGACAUUAGCAGCUUUUCCUUCAUUGACAUCCAGAAUACGAUCAAAGCACGAAGAUGAUGGCUCAGAGUGGACAAAAAUCUAUUUUGUUCCUGUAACAUGCUUCCUUUUGUUCAAUGUUGGAGACUUCUGUGGCCGACUAGCAGCUUCUUUUACACAGUGGCCUGGCAAAGAUGGUUAUCUUCUGCCUAUUCUCUGUUUCUCAAGAGUGGUAUUCCUUCCUUUGUUUGCAUUAUGUAAUGCAUUGCCGAGACCACAUGGCACUCCAAUAUUUUUCCAUGAGGAUUACUUCCCAAUAAUAUUCAUGGUGUUAUUUGCCAUCUCAAAUGGUUAUCUUGGAAGCUUGUGCAUGAUGUAUGGACCAUCCAUGGUGGAGCCAGAACAUGCAGAAACAGCAGGAACUAUGAUGGCUUUCAUGCUUAUCAUUGGUUUGGGUGUUGGAGCAGGAUUUUCAUUUGUGAUCACCAUGUUUCUCUGAAACAGUUAUACCAAGCUGCUUACAGGUCACGUCUUCUGAAGCCUUAAACCUGUCUCUUUAAAAAUUAACAUUCUGAAUGUAGUGCUAGUGCACAAGUCAGUGCACUACAUUUGAGGUUCAAGGGCUGUGUUUAUUUAAAGGAUUUCACAGCAUGGUUGUGUUUGAUUCCAGUAGAGGACUUAUUCCAUGGAAAUUGUUCCUGUAAAGGAAUUUGUCAAAUUUGCUAAAUCUGGUAUGAUUGGUAGGUUGGCAAGUUGAAGACCAACUUCUCCAUGGAUUGUAUUAAAAAAAUUGUCUGUAGUGAAUGGAAACCGGUCUUGUUAAUAUUUAAAAGAAGAGAUCCAGCAAAUAUAGGAGCAGACAAAUCACAGCAUGAAUCCCAAAAAAACUAACUUUAUUAUUAUUGUUUGUGUCUGAAACAUUGUUAUUUUCAUACUGUAUCACAUGGCUUGAUGAGGUACUGGUAUAAUUGAAACAGAGAACAUUUUAGUGUACUGGCAAUAGCUGCGGUUGUGUGAGAAAGGGGUAUUGAAGAUAAUCAUGUAAUGGUGAAUGGCAUUUGGCACUUUCCAAUGCCACAAGUGCCCGUUUGUGUGUAAACUUCUAUUGCUGAAUCAUUGCUUGUGAGUGAAAGACAAAUUAUUUUAUGGGAACUGAGGUUGUUUCUAAUGAAUUAAACUCCAGUUUUCAAUAGUGUGGCAACCUUAAUCCCAUUUUCAACUUGCUGCAACCCACAUGAUGCAGCUAUUAGGUUUAAAUUUUCACUCCUUUUAUUAAGUUGGUCUCUUUCAUGUGGAGGGAAAGUCAAUUUAUUUAUUCUUGUCAUAUAUUUUAGAGCAGUUUAGUUGACUUACAGUAAGAUUUGAUCAUGUAACUACACGACAGUGUGAAGAUCUUGGAAAAUCUACUGCAAAUUUUUUAAUUCCCUCAUAUGCCCUUCAAAAAAAAUUCACUAUUUCCAUCUAUUAGAUGGAAAUUUUUUUCCUAGUGAAAUUCGAAGUAUUGUGAGGGAGAGCUUCUUAAUUACUAAAAAAAGUUAUGGAACUCUUAUCAUUUUGCCUUAACUAGAUUUCUGCAGUUGCCCUUCUAUCCUUGACAGCGAUUUCAAUUUUUACAUGUAUACCUUGAUAUUAUUUGGACAACAAGUGUCACAAAAUUACACUUCACAAUUCUUUUCCACUGGUUUAGGAGGCAAUUAGAGUGAGUUCCAAGAACUUUGAAAAAAUUAACAUUUUCAUUAUUUUUGAGAAUAUGAAUGCAUAAUAUAUUUUUAGGCUGAAAUUUGCAAACUAUCCAUUUUUAACUUUUCUUACAAUUGCCUGUAUGCUACUACCCAAUCGUAGGUUAUUAUUCUUCCAUGUAUAUGUGAAAUUCCUUGAAAUACUCUAUGGACACAGUAAAAUUUUAGAUCAAGGAGGUGUGUGCUCAUGGUCAUGGUAGCUGGGCAGCCUCAAUUCACAUGAACAUGGUUUGCUUGCAAAACAUUCUUACAUUGAUACACUUCAUAUUGAAGAAAUGCAAGUGAAUGUAGCCAUAUCAUACCUAUAUUUCUGAUUUACUUAAACAAUAAAAAGGAAGGUGAACAUUUUACAAA